CAUUGGACCUACAGCGCUUAGAUGAUAGAACUGACAAAGUGGAAUAGCUAGAACUGUAAAUGCAAUGUUCGAGCAUUUGUUGAUAGUAACAGUUACAACAUUUUUGUGUUCCUUGUUCAUAUAUUACUUAUUAAAAGGCAUUUCAAGAGAUACUGAGGUGACUAAUGACAGUGACUUUUCUUCCUGCAUUAACCCUAACUGUGUAAGAUGUACUCUGUAUCGUCAAGUUACAGAGAGAGCAUGUGAGAGAUAUAAGCAGCUAUGUAAGUUUCAGACAGAAAUACAAAGGUCAACACACAGAAUAGAGGAAUCGUUGCAUGUUCAAAAGUCUCAUGGAGAAAUAUUGAAUAACAGUGCCACAAAUCCUUUGGUUUUUAACCUGAAAGAUUUGAAAUUGGAAGCAGUUUACAGUCCACAUUCAGGUCAUCCAUUUGCAGAGGAUGUUAGACUGAUAGAAUCGAACAAAGAAAUAUUUUUUUCUGAUUUUUUGUUUGUUAGUAAGCCAAAGUACGAACAUCUUUGGACGAAGAAUAACACUCCAAAUGGACAGUGGCGUGUAUUUCAUCUCAUAAACCAAGGAAGAGUUGUGCAAAAUAAUGUUGCUAUAUGUGAAAAAACGUUUGGAAUAAUAAGAAAAUUACAGAACAUAAUGAACAGAAAUGUCUUUGGAAAUGUUUUGUUUUCUGUAAUCCAGCCAGGAACUAUAAUAUCAACACACCGUGGGCCAACAAACAUCAGAAUCAGAUGUCACUUAGGAAUAAAAACUGUUGAUGAGUGUAUUCUGACAGUUUCUGGGACACGGAGCCAAUGGCAAGUUGGGAAAUGUUUGUUGUUCAAUGAUUCUUUUGCCCAUGGGGUCAGACAUCAGGGCAGUGAGGAGGAUGGUCCUCGCUGUGUGCUUAUUGUGGACCUCUGGCAUCCAGAUAUCUCCCCUCAGGAGAGAAACGCAAUAGACUUCAUGUUUUCUCCAGAUAAAAAGUAGCCUAGUAAUAUUUACUUACAUAUGUGAAAGUUAGGGGGAAACUGAAGACUUACUUGAAUUAACAAUA